AGACGUACUACGUAAACAAUGUGAGAAAGUUUGCAACAUUCAAUAUAUAGUUCGAUCGCCAACCUGGGCCGCGCAUGCUGCGCUCCAACAAAUGACAUCGUCGCCGCAACACCUUGGCUGAGUUGGUCAACAGUCGGCUGCUCGUGGCAUUUCUGGGCUGUCUUCGUGGCAUCGCGAGGCCCAGGAGAGCAGCAAACGGAAAUUUGCAGCGGCGCGCAUUCGCAAGAAGCUCAGCCAGCGUGACCACGCGGAACAAUCAUGCCUCCACGACCACAGCGCCUUGUGCGGCGCCAGCCGCUCGGCCAGAGACUUCGCGCCAUGCUCAAUCCCAUGGACUUUUACCUCUGGCUGUCCGAGGAGAUACAGACUUUCGACUGGGACUCGAAAGCCUUUGGCACCCGAUUCGGCCUGGCUGCCAACUUCGUUUUUCUGAUCGCGAGAGCAAACGCCGGCAAGACACGCGAUGCCGUUGAUGACGUGUUUGGCGAUGCGCCAGCUAAUGGCUGGUUCACCCUUUUGGCCAACUUCCUCCAAUGGACGCUGAUUUCCAUCUCGGUCCUGAACGCGUUCUACGCAAUGACGCGAUCCCGCCACUACCGACUUUUUGAGGUGAACGUCGAAGCAGCAGGACCGGGAACGCCAUCGGCGCAACGCGUCCGCGUCGAUUCUCCUCCGGCCUCAUCGACCCCCCUGCGACUUAUUCAGGAAGUCUUGAGACCCGAAACGGCCGAACAGCGGGCUCACCCCGACAGGACGCGUGACGUGUGGGAGAUGAAGGUGUGGGAUCCGUACCCGGCGACGCUGCGAAUGUUCUGCCUCUUCAGCCCUGGUCACAUUCUCAUCCACAUGCUCUUCCUCCCGCUUCCGAACCUCGAUCCGCGCCCGAGCGUUACGGUAUUCAAGUGCUUCCUUCUGCAGGUCAUUCUCUCGGCGCAGUUGCUGCUCCUGCACUCGCGCUUCUCCCAGCAAAGCAAGGACACGGCUAUUAUACACAAGGAGGUCAUGCACGAAUAUGACGUCAAAUACGUCCAUCCUCGACUCCAGCCGGUGGUCCGCGAAGUCUCGACCCAGGUAUCCAUCAGUGAUGGAAAGGUUGACCAAGAAGAAAUCACGGUGGGCACACCGACAACAGUGAUUCGGCGCUCUUUUCAGACACAUCCGAAUCCGAGCUACGCCCGCUACGUCAACUCGGAUGCCGGGCAAUCCACGCCAACCAGGACGACCAUGUCACCCCAGCUAAGGCCAGCCACGCCGUCGAAUCCCUUCACCCCCGCGGCCAAGCCAAGGACCUCCGUGCUCCCGUCUUUUGCUGCCCAGGUACAGCAGCAACGACAAUCCUCUCUUCGGAAUAGCCUCCCGUCUGUUGCAUCCACGACAGACGCCAGCGACCCGCCUCCAGCCCCCUUCUCAGCCGCCAAACCCAGCGCCUCGGCCGGCACGAGCACCGGGGUGAACUUCAACGUGGCCGCAAACUCGGGCUACGGAGGUAGCAUGGGCGUGUUUACGCACAUGAACUCCCCGCUAAAGAAGGCGACCAGUCUCGGCGACAUGAACGGCGGCUACCCGUCGCCGCGCAACAACCGCGAGAUGGCGGCGCUCGAGCAGCGCGACCUGGCCGAGCGCAUGGUCCGGCAGAGCAGCCCGUCCAAGGAGCACCGGCGCCCAACAGGCACGGGGACGGGAGCCGCCCAGCUAGAGCAGGGUCAGGGUCAGGGUCAGGCCCAGGGCCAGGGCCAGAGCCAGGGCCAAAGUUUGAGCGCUAGUAGCUUUAUGCAUUCUCCGGAGAAGUUGGCUAGGGCAAGGGCGAACCGCUGGACGCAGGAGAGGUUUCCCACGAGAUAUGUUUGAAACAGUACGGGGAGGGGACUUCAGAAGGGUGCCAGCUGGUGGGCAAGCCUCGCUUGUCUGUCUGUACAUACCAUAGAAGGCUGAUAUCAUAAUCGCUUCGGCGAAGGGUAUCGGGAGGGGUGCAUUGUGCUUCAUAUCGUAGCAUUUUUUGGGGAGUUUUGGAGUUAUCGUUCUGGAGUUCUCGGGCGGGAUAAACAUGUGGUUGCUUCCACCCGUUCUGGCCAUGGUACUUUCGAAUCUUACUUUCUGUGCUUGGCACACCCAUCAUCCGGUGAUUGACAUAUCCAUGACUGCGUGAUUGGCCUCAACUUUACUGCGUACUUUCGGGAGGAGAAGACGGUGAGACAACAAAAAGAAGGAUUUAUUAGGUUGCUGGGGG